UGAAAACUUGAAAUACACUUUUCAAACAACCGGCUACUCUCAAUUCGAGCAAUUCCAAUUUACGUUACAUCUUGAUGGCAUACGCUAAGAAAUUAGUCUUAAAGUAGCAGAACACGCCCUCUACAAUUUGCUAGUUUUUCAGCUCAGCAUCUGUGCUCCCAACCUCUCUUUUAUCUUGUGUUCUCUGUCACUUCGUUUUCGUUGAUAAGUCGUCUGCUAGAAAAACCAAUUGUGUUUUGAUUCUGUCGUUUUUCAUUAAUAUUGAAUAGUCUUUCCACUUUUUAUCGCCGGUAAUAUGUAAAUUGUACUAGUAGACUGUUUAAUUCAACUUUUAGAAUGUGCUAGAUUAAUUAAUACAAUAACAAGUUAUUCAAUUAUGCUAGACUACAUGAAGAUGUUUUUCGCCUUUUUUGGUGGAUACAUAAUAACUUCUAUGAUAUUGCUCAAAAAACCUUAUCUUCUACAUAAGAAGAAAAAACAGAGCUUUAUUUGCAGACACAUUAGUCACAGAGGAGGUGCCGGAGAAAGCUAUGAAAAUACGCUUGCUGCAUUUCACAGAGCUGUUGCCCUUGGAACAGACAUGCUGGAGCUUGACUGCCACCUGACCCGCGACCAUCAAGUGGUCGUUUCGCACGAUCACAACUUGCUGAGAGUAACAGGCAAAGAGCUCUACAUCUCUCAUGUGGACUACAAAGACCUCCCUCAGCUUAGCACGUCUCUGCCACUCGAUUUCGAUCCAGGUGUGAGCUUCAAUGGUGACGGUAGUAAAAAUGAGGAUCGAAAAAUCCCGUUGCUCUCCGAUGUAUUCAAAGCAUUCCCUGACAUUCCGAUAAACAUUGAUAUUAAAGUGAAUGAUGAUAAACUCAUUGAAGAGGUGUCGAAGCUGAUAACACAGUAUCGGCGGGAACAUCUGACUGUAUGGGGUAACUUCAGUGAUGUGGUGACCCAAAAGUGUUACAAACAGAAUCCCAAUGUGAACCUUCUGUUUUCAAUGCGACGUGUCGUGGAACUUAUACUCCUGUUCUACUCGGGCUUACUUCCAUUUUGUCCCAUCAAAGAGUCACAGUUCGAAGUCUUCAUGCCUUCCAUAUUCUUGGGGAAACUCGCUGAAUAUCCAGAUUCGAGUGCUAUUCUGCCCUGGCCAUCACUUUUGUUGCGUUUGAUGGAUAUUCUUCUCAUGAGAAAAUCACUUUUCCAGCAUUUGAGUGAUCGAGGAAUUCAGAUUUACAUAUGGGUGUUGAAUAACGAGGAAGACUUCCAGAGAGCCUUCGAUCUGGGUGCAACCGGCAUUAUGACUGACUAUCCCACUCGACUGCGCAAAUUUCUCGACAAAAAUCCCCAAUACAACCGCCAUUCACUACUCACUCAUUAGUUUGCUAACCUAAUAAAUUGUCAAUAUUCGAAAUAAUAAUUUGGGUAUCCUUGAUCAAUAAUUUGGAUUCAAAUGAUUAUUGUAUUGCAUUCGAAACAAAACCAUAGUUUGUUCAAACAACUAAUUCCACCAGGAAAGGUGUUGAAAUCGCAUACUCCUCUGAUUUGGGUGAUGGUAUUUCGGAAAUGAAUGACAUUCUUUAAGUAUUUCUUGAAUUUGUUUAUUAAUUUUUACUUCAUACUAUAGUUCACAUGCUUUACAUGAUGGAAUGACAUAGUUGCAACCAUGGUUUGGCUCGCCACUAUAUUUGUAUGGAUGAAUAAAGUCAUAGUUGCAUCAAUUUUUUCAUCAAUAAACGUUCCUCCAUUAUUUGAUAUUCAAUUUAAUGAUGUUUUACAUAUUGAAUGACGUAGUUCGACAGUUCGUAACUUAAUACAAUAUUACAAAUUAUAUAAAUAUUACUGGGAUAGAGCAUAAGCAAUUUUGCUCUAUGCAGAUGUCAGUGACCAUUUAAACACUCCAAUCUCUCGUUGAAUAGUUCUUAGUCCUUAUUCUGUACACGUAAUAUAUGGAUAUGUUUAUAAUGUAAUCAUGACUAGGCCUAUACACUUUUCAAUAUAUUCCACUCAAUAAUAGAUAUACAAGGUGAUCAAAAAGCUCCUCCGCAGUGAACUAUAAACUAAAAAAAAACACUCCAUCACUCAAAAACAAGUAGUAUUUAUAACAAUAGCAAGGUGUUAAUCUACUAAACUUACGUGUACAUUCAUUACAGUAGAGGGGGAAAGAAGUGGGAGUAACUUGUCUAAUGGGUUUCUAAACAGAACACAAUUUUCAGCUAAAACAUAACGCAGGUACUGCGGAGAGACUUUUUGAUUGCCCGGUAUAACUAAAUUGGAGAGCCUAGUGGUCUGGAGGGGGCAACUUCAGUCUGCUAUCCUGUUCCUACCUCGUUCAUUGGUUCAAUUUUCAUUCCUUCUGAUAUCAAUUUGUAAUUGUGUUCAUUAUCUACUCUCAAGUAUUAGUCCCGGUUACUCUAGGACACUUGGUAAAUUUAAUGGAACAUUAAACCUUAAUAUAUAUUAUCAUAUUAUAGAUUAAUAAAGGUGGUGAAGAUAAAUAGAUAUCAUUUGUGGGCUUCGUCGGAAAAAGUCAACUACUGUUAUUAAGCUCCAUGUUUGUGAAAAAUCACUUUUAAAUAGCCAAGAUGAUCCUUAAAAAAAUAUCUAUAUGGAAUAGCCUAGAUGAUCAAAAAAAAAAUUUAUAUGACUAUCAAAGACGAUUUUUAUCCUUUUACUUGACUCUCUUGUCUGUCUAAUACUUAUCUAGUCUGUCGUUUGACAAAGCAACAAGUUUAGUAUCUGACAUAUUUUUUAUUCUCAUAUUAUUUUUUAAAGAGUUCCUUUACACAGUCAAUAAGCUGUCUAUUAUAUUAUACAAAAUGAUGCAUAAAGUAAUUUAAGGAUUUCUAGGUUCAUUUGUAUGUGGAUUAUUUAUUUAUUGUAUAAGUUAAAAAAAUACAAUGUGAUUGAUUGAUUGAUUGUGAAGGAGAGAAGAGGAGGCAUCCACCUGAUACUUAUUCUAUUAAAGAAUUUUAUUCAUACUUUGAAUAAGAAGACCCAUUUUAAUGUACAUAAUAUUUGAAGUUUUGUGCACAGGUGUACACAUGAAUCCAAUAUUUGAGCCGAUUUGAGAAGAGUUUUUUUGAAUAGUAGAGAGUUCAAAAAUAAUUAUAAAGCCUUAAUAUUACGCCUGCUAAUCUUUUUCUGGUCAAGUGUUGAUUUGUGUUUCAUGAAUAAUGUGAAUAAAUAAAUAUAAUAUGUAACGUGGAUUUAUGAAUAUAGGUUGCAACCGAUGAGUAAUCACCGGUUAAAAAAAACUGCAUUUAAAACACUUGAUAAAGAUUAGGGUACAAUAAUAUCUGUACCAUAUAAGUGAUAAUAAUAUUAUCCAUGUAUGACAUUAUAAUCUAUAUACUAAUCUUCAUCAUUCAAUAUUAUUCUCAUUCAGAUAGGGAAUCAGAGGAUUAUGCUAUAAUAGUUUAGAUUUAGAUGUAUUUUAAUCGUAAUAAAUAUCUCAGUCCAAUGUCUUGUCAAUUGCUAUUCUUGAAUGGAGCUAAUGGCAUUGAGUUUUUAAACUUUUCUAAGGUUUGAUGUGACUGUAUAAUGAGCUUGAAAUAUUUAUUUUAAACUUGUGGGUUUAAUAAAUUCUUGUCUUCAACUGAAUUACGUUUUGUGGCUUUCGAAGCAGUAUUAUAAUAUAAUAAUUAGUAGUUUGGAAUUCGUUUUAAAUCUUCCAUUUCAGUCAUUAGUUUAUAAUGUGUUUUCAAGAUUUCUUUGUUGAAUAUUCUCAGUUCCUAUUAUUUAUUGUCUUUUUGAGUUCUCACCAAAUUCAAGUUAAGUUAGUUUAACUGUGAUAAAAUUUUAAAAUGUGUUUGUGGAAAAGGAAAAUACUGAAAACAUUAGGAGAUCUCUUUAGUAAAAACAUACUGUCAAACUUCUACGAAUUUCCUUUUUGAAGGAUAAUGUGUGAUUGAAUUCAUGUAAGCUUCCUUCAUAGUUAUUGUGUGUAUUACGAAUUUAGAAAUUUUAACAAAAUGUAUUAGAUAAGUAAUUAUCCUGAUAACUAGAUGUCUUGCCCUUCCCUGAAUGAUUAUUCCUAUAUCAUGUCCCCUGAUAAAUAUAAAAUUAAAUUUGCCUUUUGUUUGACAUUUCAAACAGAUGUAGAAUCUUCAAUUUAGAUUAUUCCCAAUAAUUUGAAAUAAGAAAUAUAUUAUUAUAAAUAAAUCCACAGAUUUAACAUUGUCCUUCUGAUGAGAUAUUAUAAAUAUAUGUAUAGCUUGGAUAACAGAUACGUUACAUCCAAACUCCAAUAAGUUAUGAUAUACGAUUAUUGCACUAGUUAGUUGUAGAUCAAAAUCUUCCUGAUAGUAUUACUUGAAUAGAAUCUUUUUAUACAAAUUUCGGGCACUCGAUUUCACUUGUUAAAAAUGUGGUUUCCACUUCCACACACAAAAGCAUCACACUAGAUGUUCCAAAAUGCAGGUUUCUAAUAAGUAUAAUAAUAAUUAUGCAAAGUGAAUAACUCUUUAAAUAAUUGUCUCAGAAACAAGUUUUGUUCUCUUGACUGUCGUGUUGAUCAAUGGCAUAAUUUAAAUAAUAUAGUUUUCUCGAUCAAUGUUUUUUUUUUAUUAUUGUUUUAAAACCAAUUGUUGUUAUUUUGACUGUCUUGUUCAACGAAAAUAAAUUUCAGUAGUUGGAAUAUUUCAA